AUGAUAAUUCCCAAAAUGAUCACAGUCGAGAACCUUCCUACCAUCCUCGCCGACGACAUCAAAGUCAAAGUCGGCGGUAUUGACGCAGAUGGCAUUUUGCGUGGGAAGGUCAUGGCCAAGGAGAAAUUCCUUGGAAUCGCAGAGAAGGGUUUUGGUUUUAGCUCUGCCGUUUUCGGCUGGGAUAUGCACGAUAUGCUGUGGACGACAGAUGCGCGAAUCGCGCCUCCCGAGACUGGGUAUGCAGACUUUCUUGCCGUUCCGGACCUGAACACUUUUCGACGGUUACCGUGGGAGGAGGAUAUCCCCUUCUUCCUCGUUCGAUUCAUUAGCAAUGGUAAAGCUGUUUCGGCAGAUGGCCGGAGUAUGCUGAAGGGCGUGUGCGAUCGAAUUGGUGCAGAGGGCUAUCAAGCGCUGGCUGGAGUUGAACUUGAGUUCAUGAACUUCCAAACGCCGUCAGAGGAUGGAUACAGCGGGGGAUCAAGACACCCCAAUAUCGCCUCAUACCUUGAACACAAUGCACCAGGCAGUCUUCGGCAAUUAACCGCAGGCAGCUUUUCUUACAGCUUGACACGCCCUGUUGCCAACAAGAAGUAUUUCUAUGACAUCUUCAACACAAGCGCAAAGAUCAACUGCCCCAUUGAGGGAUGGCACACCGAGGGUGGCCCCGGUGUUUACGAAGCCGCAUUGAAAGUAUGCGAAGUCAGUGAGAUGGCAGAUCGUGCCGCCAUCUUCAAGUUCCUCACAAAGUCUCUCGGCUCCGAAUACGGCGUCACUCCCUGUUUCAUGGCCAAGCCGGUACACGGGAUGCCAGGCCACUCAGGGCACAUCCACGUCUCCCUCGCCGAUAAAAACGGCCAAAACCUCUUUGCCAGAGAACAUUUCGACCCCAACGCCAAAUGGUCCGACAUUGAAUACCUCUCCGACAUAGGACGACACUUCCUGGCAGGCCUCCUAGAAGCACUCCCAGAUAUCAUGCCUCUCUUCGCACCAAACAUCAACUCCUACAAACGUCUCGUCGAGAACUACUGGGCACCGGUGCAUUUAAGCUGGGGACUUGAAGACCGAAUUGCUUCUAUCAGACUCAUUACACCGCCCGUUUGCAAGCCCGGUGCUACGCGCUUCGAGGUGCGCAUCCCCGGAGCGGAUUUACAUCCCCAUUUUGCGCUGAGUGUUAUUAUUGCAGCGGGCUGGAGGGGUAUUGAGAAGAAGCUUGAGAUUCCGGUACCGCCUAUGUCGGCGAGGAAGUCUGGGGAGCCGUUGGAGAAGUUACCGAAUACGUUGGACACGGCACUGGCAAGAUUCUCGGCCCCGGGUAGUAUUGCGAGAGAGAUUUUGGAUCCGGAGUUUGUGGAUUUCUUUACGGCGACGAGGCAGCAUGAGCUGGGCCUUUGGAAGGAGGCUGUUACUGAUUGGGAGGUGCGGAGAUACAUCGAGACUGUAUGA